AUGUUUUUUCUGGGAUAUUAUAAAUUUCAUAUAUAUGUAUUUCCAUCUGGUGAAACCAGUACGGUCACUGCCUCUAUACGACUGUUCCACGCACCGUCCGCGGUGCCUUUCGAGUUUCGUCUCCGUUAUCGCUUCGUCGCGCGUAAUGAAGCGGUCGCCCGACUGGGCAAACCGGAACUGCCAAUCGAGCGGGGUUCUCCAGUGCCGGGCACCUACUGUUCCCGUAACUUCUACGAAUGUCACCUGAAGCAAUGCCGGCUGCAGAGUCCGAACUAUCCUGGCGAGUAUCCGCGCAACGCAAGUUGCCUGAUUACCGUGCGUCAGAAGGAAGUGCCCACGUGCAAGCAUGCCAUGAUAUCCGUCAAGAGCACACCUACCGGUCCAGUUGGUCUCAGCGCCACUGUCAACACCAGCCUCAGUGUCUGGCAGGACUGUUCUCCGGACCGGGACCGUCUGAUCUUCCGCGACGGUGCGCGGACAGAAGACCCGGUCCUCUUGGUCUAUUGCGGAGGUCCACUGCCGCAGGUGACCGCACGUGGACCCGCCAUGCAGGUGGAGUUCCGCAGCUCGCCGGUCGCGAUACCGCUGGGCGCGUCGUCCUUGCGACUCGAGCUCGAGCUACGUGUGAUCUACGUCGACUCGGACGGUCUGGAUUACGCCAAGGGUCCGCAAGGCUGCCACUUUUUCGUCAACGGUACCGGCGUCGGUAGUAAGCGCAGCGGUACGAUACGCGCACCUCUUCACGCGCUACCUCCCGGCUCCAGCUGCACGUGGAACAUCAAGGGUGCGAUCGGCGAUCGUGUGUGGAUAUACUUCUCAUCGUAUUCCCAGCGUGAUCUCACUGGUAACGGCGAGAACAACAACGCGACCGCCGGACAGUUGACCCCGGACAUCUCCGCAGCGUCAGUGUGCGCGGUUAAACUCGUCUUCUGGGACGGCGCGCCGAAUACAGGUCAGCCGAUGGCCACACUGUGCGAUGAUACGCCCAAAUUGUGCGCCCAUGCGGCUCUUCGGAAUGUCACCAGGAGCACCAGGCCGUGUACCGAGGAGGAGAGCUACCUGACGACCGCACCGAGCCUGACGCUGCGCAUGGAAACUGUUCUGGGUACCGCUCUUCAUCCGAUUAAUUUCCACGCGCGAUACGAGUUCGUCUCCACCGUUCAAACCGGCGAGCCCUGGGGCGAUGGUGUUUGCAGUCGAAUAUGGCGCAAGGUGCACGUCGGCGAAAUAAUGUCACCGCGCGACGUACGUCUAUUUGGCCGGGGUGGUGCCAGCAAGUUGGAUUGCAGGUAUCGUGUGGAAGCUGGGAGCGGAGAGCGAGUCCGUUUGACGUUGCAUAACGUCAGUCUGGGCGAGUCCACCAUGUGCACGAGCGAUUCAGACCCACACACUGGUAAACCGCGCUGCGUUCAGGAAGUGGGAUCCAGGGAAGCGCGUCUGGUCAUUUAUGAGUCGCCGUGGCGAGAUGUGAAGUUACCCCGAACGUGUCUAUGCGACAAUACGUCACACUUGCCGCUUACAUACAUUACCUCCGGUCGUGCGCUAGAGAUAACUUUCUUGGUGGACCAGCAAGCGCCCCACGAGGACUUUGAGACACUCUUUUUCUACGCCAGCUUCGAGCUCAUUCGCGUGCCGGAGUGUCCGAGGAAGCAGCGUAUCCGUGGUGAGGGUGGCGAACUGAGAUUCGUCAAUCCCCCGCUGUCGAGACCGGACAUCUAUUGCGAAGGUCUCCCGUGGCUGGUGGAGGCGCACGAGAACCGGUCACUCUUUGUCCUGACCUGGGGCUGGUUUCUACCGUUGGAACCACCGCCGCUCGCCGGUCCCGAGACGUCUGGCGGCGUCAGCGGUACCGGCAGCGGCAUCAGCGGCGAUCAGAUCAAGUGUCCGACCACCAAUCGCAUCCUUCUCUAUUCUGGCUGGCCGCCGAAGUUGCUGAAGGUGGUGUGCCCGGCGGAACCGGGUGCCCGCGAGUUCACCGUGCACGUGUUCUCGCAGGAAUGGUUGGGCCCGACAGAGGAGGGUAAGUGGCCGGGUCCACCGAGGCCACCCGCAUUAUUGCUGGACUUUGUAGCGCGGGAAUCCGGCCAGGCGGCCGCCUCCUGGCUGGAGAUCUCUAAGAGUCGCGCGGCGCUACGCCGGCAGCUGCGUCUCCCGGAGAGAAUCCCUGGCGGAGUGAUCGAGAACGAGACGAACGGUAUGCCGUCGUACAUCGGCGACUGCCCGCACAAGUGCCCCGAGCUGGGUGCGUGCAUCGCCGCCAGUCUCUGGUGCGACGGCCACGCGCACUGCCCGUCCGGUCACGACGAGGCCAACUGCGGGAACGGCGCACGAUUGCUCGGACUGCUCCCGCCCACCAUAUGGCUCGUCGUCGCCGGCGUCGCUGGAAUUGUCACUGCCUUCGCGUGCCUAUUCACUAUUCUUAUUAGCAGAUCCAAAGCUCGUACAAAGAGACUUCACUACAAAGGUUCGAAGAAGAGCAAGAAGCCGCGACGUGCACCGACCGAGGAGACGCUUCUGGGAGCGGCAUCCUGACAACAGCCGCCCGGUUUCGUGGAGUACAUUCACGUGGACCGGGAAACGACUGUCUAGCGAUGCUAAUUCUGUGCUUCACCGUCCAAUGACUACUCUACUCAACUCAUUCUCCCCCAUAGUGCCAUAAUCAUGCAGCGGUAACCAGGUUCCUCGGAACUCCACCACAUGCUUCUUCCUUGCCUCAUUCGUUUUUCCUCCUCCGAGGACACGACCUCGCGUUCGUCCUCGUGUCAGCCUGCAUAGACUCGAGUCGAGUCUAAAAAGGAUCUAUUCAUCGAAUGUCUUCUGUU